ACAUUAAAAAAUACUGUAAAAUCAUUUUAUGGUUGCUUAGCAAAUAACUUUUUAAUAUGUAGCUAUACAGGGCUAGGAAACCAUUUACAUGAUUUCACAGUAUCUUUAAUGUAGCUAUCCUAACCAAAUCAACCAUCCACGAUGUUUUAAAGUAUUUAUAAUGUAGCUAACCUAACCUUUUACAAUGAACAAAAAAAACCUUAGCUGCACGAUCGGGAGUUUGGCUCUCUCGUCUGUGAAAAUAAGGCUACCCAAAAAAGCUAUUUAGCUUUCUAUAGGGGAACUGUUGCCAGAGUGCAUAGACAAGUAACGUGAAGUGAAACAGAAUAUUUAUGGUAGAAAAAUUGCUGAAACAAAAAUGAUAAAUUUGUGUUCCAUAGCCUUAAAACAAUUUUUUUAUUUAUAUUUCUUUGCUCUGUGAUUUUGUUUAAAAAAUAUUUUUUUUAUUUUAUGUUAUAAUUUUAAUUAGUUUUAGAUGGUUGGUUGCAUUUAUGUGUUAUUUUGUUACGUAUAUAUUGUAUACGUACUACAUGGAUGCGUACUACGUAGUGUCUCUGCGUGUGAUAGAACUUGAGUGUCGGCAAUGAUUACUUCGUGAAUUUUCGUCAUGUGUUGCUAGAGCUAGCUGCUAGUGAAUACGCUGCACUAUGAGCAAGACACCAGUAUCCAUGCUGCAGGAGCAUUUCAUGCGACAAGGCUCGAUGCCACUGUACAAGCUGAUCUUCGACCAAGGAGGGACGCACAAGAACUUGUUCAAGUAUCAAGUCAGUGUUGGAGAACUUUCAGCUGUCGGCAGUGGCAGUUCCAAGAAGGAAGCCAAGCAUGAUGCCGCUCGUACACUUCUGGAACGUCUCCACAUAUCCAUGGAAGCGACAUACCAUCCAGCCAAGAAGGUUAUCAGAGAGGUCCGAGAAGACAAUAAUGCUGCUUCACUGAAUGAAAGUUUUACUUCGGAAGGAGAAGACAUUGCUGAGUUCACCUCGCCGGCCAUGAACAGCAUUGGCAAGCUGAACGAUGCGCUCAGGUCAAAGUCCCUCCCUCAGGCUGAGUUCUCCGAGACGGGAGAGGAGGGUCCGCCUCAUGAAAAGUUAUUCACAAUAACUUGCACCGUAUCGAAGCAGAAAGAGUCAGCUACGGCAAGAACAAAGAAAUUGGCCAAACAUUUAGCUGCUGAAAAGAUGCUAGUCCGUUUGCUGAAAACAAUUCCUGAUGUGUUGACUCCUAAGCCAAAACCACCAGCGCAAGAAUCAACACCGUAUGAGCACCCACUAACAGACAUGGCUACUGCUGUGUACUGUGACUUGAAGGGAACCAAGAAGCCAUCCACAAACCCAGCUAUGAUAAAUGGCUACCAUCUUGCAUUCAUUGGUCAGCACUCGGAAACUCUGAAUAAGCUUGUGGAUGAUGUGAAGUAUAUCGAAACAAGCAGCACUGAAAAACUUGUGCAAAAGUUUGAAAAAAUUAUGGCUGAAUUGGAUAUGACAUACACGUUUGAGAACAACCCCUUCAUAAGACAGCUUAUACCAAUGGAAGGUAAAAUUUUUAUUGCUUUAAGAAUGAGAGGCAGCCAUGAAGACACUGUCAUAGGUUUUGGCCUGACUGAAAAUGAAGCAAAAAGAAAUGCAUUACAUCAGGCAUUUGAUUUCCUCAGAACCAUGGUGGUUGUUACUAUUUGAAAAAAUAAUGUACCAAGCCCAGAAGAAAUUCUUAUGUAUUGCCAAGAUAUAUAUAUAUAUAUAUAUAUAUAUAUAUAUAUAUUAUACAUGGUACUAUAAGUGCACAUGUAGUUUUAAGACUUAAAUUUUAUUUUUAAAUAAUUUGAUAUCUUCCUUUAAAAUGUUUCAGUUGCUAUAAAGUUAAUAUAUGAUGCAAUAUCUGUGGAAAUGUUAGUUGAGCUCAGUGAAAAUUGUGCAGUACUAGUAGUUUCAUUAUUUUAUUUUAUUGUUUUUAGCAGCAUGUCCCAAAUUGUUUAUCAUUCUAACCAUAAAUAAUUGAUAAUAUUGACAGCACAGUAUGUGUAGUGUUAUGCUUUUUACAUAUUGGCAUGUCAAUUUUUCAAUUUUAUAAUUGUUUUUGUAUUUAUGUAUAUAAUAUAUAUGUAAUUACCAGAGUAAAUGUGAUUAUUUGUCGUG